CGCGCUGAUUGGCCGGUCAGAGUGGCACCCAGAGAGGUGGAGGGGACGGUUGCGUGUCCGACGCUACCGCACCUAGCCUCAGACGCAUGGUGGGAGAGAGGACGAUGCGUAACGCGCAAGAAACGUAAACAAUGAAAGCACAACUUAUAAUUUCUUCGUGUUCUAAGAUCAACUGCAAGAUUUGAGAGAAAACCGUAAAAAAACGUCUUUUUUGGAGUUACAUUGUUUACAGUGCUGUGAACUGCUUUGAUUCAAGUCAUUUAAAGUCCGUUAAAACGCUGUUUGAGAUGACUGCGUCGAAGUGUUUGGUGCCCAGUCACCACAAUCCUUUCAAAACUGGACCCAACCUGGUGUCUCCUGAGGAUUGUAAGCUGAAACAAGUACGAACCAAGGCGAUCGGUCGAGUAAAGUGCAGUCCGCGCCGUCUGGAUCAAAUAUGCGAGGAUCACUCCACAUCGGGAGACUUGCUGAACUGCAGCUCUAAGAAAGUUCUCAAGUCAUCUGCUGUUCCCAGUAUUAAAACUUCCUGGAUGAAGAAAAUCAAAAAGAAGACCAGGAAUUGUGUGACUGAUAAAUGUGGCUUUCGGCUCCGUGCUGAAGUUUCAAAGGACCUGAAGUCAACUCUGCCCCACCAAAAUUUUCUACGAAGUUUUCAGGUGAACCUAAAGGCAGAUCAGAGGCAAUUAGUUACGCACAGAGAUGAGUUGGAAGCAGAACUUCAACUUUUGGAUCAAAUCUUAAGUCUGCGUGAACUGGAAUCACUGGAAAUGGAGUAUGGACUUGAACCCGAUGUCUGGUGGGAAAGUGAGGCUAACUAAUGAAAGUUUCCAAGGGAUUUAAUUUCCUUUCAGUGUCCAUGGCUAUUGAAGAGGCCAAUGUUUGGUUUGGAGGUGUGUUCUUCUAAUUGGAGCAUGUAAUGCAACAGUUAGUUUUCAUACGAUUUAUUUUAAUCAUUUUAGUGUGUCAGUGUCAGUUGACAAGUCCAAUGUUUGCUUUGGAAGUGUGUUCAACUAAUUGGAGCAUCUAAUGUAACAGUUAGUUUUCAUACGAUUUAUUUUAAUCAUUUUAGUGUGUCAGUGUCAGUUGACGAGUCCAAUGUUUGC